GAUUCAACGAAAGGGCAAAGGGCCACACUGAGCACUCCCCUUCUUCUCCCGCCUCAUGGCCGCGGCCACCCUCCUGCGCGCCGCGACGGCCUCCGUCAAGGCCGCGGCGUCCUCCAUCACGGCUGCGGCCACCGCGGCGGUGACCGACCCGGCGGCGCUCCACGCGGUGCUCGUCAAGACCUCCUCGGCCUCCCGCGACGCCUACAACCUCCUCCUCGCCCGCUACCCGCCGCCGCUCUCCCAGCGGCUCCUCGCCCGCCUACCGUUCCGCGCCAGAGGCUCCCAGCUCGCCUCAUCCCUCGCCUCGCUCACAUCCCCCCCGGCCUCCGCUCCCGAGCUCCUCCGCCGCCUCCUCCGCGCGAGCUCUCCGCCGUCGCUCCUCCUCGCCGACAGCCCUCUCUCCUUGCUCCUCCGAUCCAUGCCGCCAUCCCUCGCGCCCCACCUGCACGCCCUCGCCGCCAAGCUCGCCCUCUCCACUUCCCCCGUCUCCGCCUCCUGUCUCAUUACUCUCUACUCCCGUUCACGCUCCCCUGACGCCGCACGUCACCUGUUCGACGAAAUCCCGCUUGCCUACCGUGACACUGUAUGCUACACCUCCACCAUCGUUGGACUAGCGCAGAAUGCCCGGUACGAGGUGUCUUUGUCGGUGUUUGCUGCGAUGCGAUACGAUGCCCUUGCUUCCACUAUGUACGCGCUGUCGGGCGCGCUCCGGGCCACUGCGGGGCUUGCUGCUCUGGAGCAGACUCGUGGAAUUCAUGCGCAUGCGGUGGUGGUUGGACUUGAUGGGAAUGUGGCCGUUGGUACAGCGCUGGUGGACGCUUAUGGGAAGGCUGGGGUUGUGCAUGAUGCGGCAAAGGUGUUUGACGACUUGGCUGGUGACCGGAACUUGAUCACGUGGAAUGCGAUACUGGCUGCGCAUGCACAACAGGGGGAUCUUGAGAAAGUUAUUGCUUUGUUCCAUGAGAUGGCAGGGAUGCAUUUUGUGCCUGACAGGCUGACAUUUCUUGCUCUUCUCACAGCAUGUAGUAAUGCAGGUGCAGCUGCAGAUGCUGAGUUUUGGCUGGAAGCAAUGCAAUUGAAAUAUAACGUGAAGCCUGACCUUGCACACUACACCUGUGUGGUGGGUGCAAUGGCACGGGUGGGACGCCUGGAGGAUGCAGAUAGCAUUGUAUGUACAAUGCCAUGCAAGCCGGAUGCAGCAGUGUGGCGGACGCUCCUAGCAGGUUGUGUGGUUCACCACAAGGCUGACAUGGCGGGGGUCAUGGGGCAGCGCCUGUUGGAGAUCGAUCCUAAGGAUGAUUCAGCCUAUGUGAUGCUUGCCAAUGUCUACUCAGCAGCUGGGAGGAGCGAUGAUGUGGCCGAGGCCUGGACUGCAAUGAGGGACCACGGAGUCAGGAAGGAAGGUGGUCGAAGUUGGAUUGAGGUGAGAGGACAGGUACAUGUGUUUGUUGCGAAUGAUAAGAGGCAUGAACAAUUGCUAGACAUAUAUGAAAAGUUGGAUGAAUUGAUUAAAGAGGUAGAGAAGUUAGGAUACAAGGAGGUAGAUGAGGGGCUAUGGCAUCAUAGUGAAAGACUGGCCCUCGCGUAUGGGUUGGUUAGUAGUGGGUCUGUACCAUCAGGGAAGAUGUUGAGAAUAGUGAAGAACCUUAGAAUAUGUGCUCACUGUCAUGAAUUCUUCAAGUAUGCCAGCAUAGUGACUGGCAGAGUGAUUGUGAUAAGGGAUGUCAAUAGAUACCACACAAUUAAGCAAGGUGUUUGCAGUUGCAGGAACUAUUGGUGAAACUGUUAGGACACGGCAUGAUGCCAUAACUAUUGGUGAAAUCCUUAGGAUACAACAUGAUACCAGAAUUGUGACUCCAAAGGAAUUAUCGCAGUCUGUUUUCUGGAAACCUACCUGUGUUAAUUUAACGACCAAAUUGCAGCAAACCUUCCAGUGCGUGAUUGACAUUCUAAAGAGUCACAUUCAUGUGGUUGUUAUGGUGAUGAUGUUGGAUAGAACUCUGCAUCAUACAAAGUGUGAAUCAGGAUGUCAGUGUUUGGAAAAUGACACGGCAGGAAAUAAUUUAUGCCUGGGCAGCUUGGCUGCCUGCUGAUUAAGUUGUGACUCUGGGAUCCUUGGGGGCGUUUCUCAGCUGCUCCAGUUCAACUGGGCUUAUGUUAUUACUCCUGUCUUGUCAUGGGACUGGUAUUCUAUGUUCCCAUAGUUCAUCACAUGCCAGACAGAGACAACAUGAGGUAAAUCUGUGUGUUUCCCUGAGAUGACUGGUAACUACAAUAGACUCUAGACCAGAAGACUUGUUUCGUGGGAUCCUGCUUUUUUUGACCUAGUGCAAUGCCUCGAAUGCAGUUUUGAAACAUGUGAGAUUUCGACGGGUGCUCUCUCCUUUUAUACUUUAUUGCUUGUCUUUUGUAUAACCUCUCUACUGAAUUUGUAGACAGCUAAUUUGGUACAGAAACCAUUUGGAUAGUAUUUGUCAGCGGAUCAGCCCAACCUUGGAUAUUUAGCAUAUGAACUUAGGUCGCUGUCCUCAAUUUUCCUUAAAAAAAAACUCAAGCCAUUUUUCUGUCACGCAAUAAGUUCCACUUGAUGUACUAUUUGAAUUUGCCUAAUCCAUUUUAAUCUCCAUGUGUUGAAAUGGCAGCAUACUAAUAUUCCAGUGUGCAUGCUUCCUGUUUCAGUUCCCAUGAAGUACUUGCAUUCCAUUGUCACACUUGUAGAAGAGCACUGCAGAAAUGUUACAUCUUACUUAUAUUUAUGUUAUUCUUUAUCACCAUGCAAAUUAAAAACUAGGCACUGUCCUUCCUACCGGGUGCUAUCAUAACCUGUUUUUAGAGAGAAAGAGAUUUCAAUGCUUAAUUUGAGGAUAGGAUCCAGUGCAAACAUGAGUUGUCACCUAACCAGAUUAAAACCAUAGAUUGUGCAAGAAGGGGUGCCCCCCUUGACCCUGUCCGCGUCGGAUGAAUGGCUACAGUGGUAAAAGGUUGUUGUGCAGCACCCAUAUAUCAGUACAUUCGGUCUAUGCAUGCAGGAUUGUAUCAGCAAUAAUAUAGCUAUGACACUUAUAUUAAAUAGCCUAUGCCCCUGUGUUCUCCUAUGGAGAAGGUAAAUUACUGGCUUGCAGCAUUGUUCAUUUUUCUGCUACUCCCUCCGAUCGGUAUUGCUUGUCUCAAAUUUACCCAAAUACGGAUGUAUCUAUGUGUAAAAAGCGUCUAGAUACAUGUAAUAUUUCGACAAGUAAUUCCGGCCGGAGGGAGUAUUAUAGUUCGGAACAGUAAAUUUGUUCUAUUGUUCAGAGAAAAUGUACACUUUAGGUUUUGUUUAGUUCAAUAAUGGAAAGUAGUGGUUUGGUUGUAAAAUUUAGUGCUCAGUUAUUGGAUAUCAGUAAUAGUUAUUGCAGUAUUUGGUAUACUUUGCUGCUGUAUAUUUGUUGUUUCUUCAAUUAUAAAUUCAGUUAUAUCCUUCAAAAAAUAUUCUUGUUUUUUGCUGCUUGUGUUCUAGUAGUAAUUAAGAGUAAAGUAGAUUUUGUAAUCCUGCACCACAAGUUCCGACAAUUUCUUUACAUAACAAUUUGGUGGUAAGCUUAAUGCAUUGGUCCAAGCUCAUUGAUGAGAGUGCGCUGAUUCUUAUGGCAUUACUUUUACUCGUGAACAUGUUAUAAGGUAGUAACGACUUAAAACCCCUGUCCCACAUUUGUCCAUUUCAUUUAGCCAUUUGAAUUUCAACCUUCAGAGUAUACUGAAUGGAAGGUAUAUCACAUGGAAAUUGACAGUUAUAAGAGUAUAAUCAUGACCUUAUCUAUGAUUAUUGCUGCCGUUGAGAUAUUAAAAUAAUGCCUAUGAACAUUUUGAUAUAAAGCUAGUAUGAUACUGUGUCACAUUACAAAAGUGCUUACUAAUAUCAGCUUCCUUUGCAUGAUUUAUUGCCGUUUUUGGCAAUGCCAUGAAAUCAUAAUGGGCCGAUGGAAGCUGCGUCAUAUGGAGAAUCAACACUCCCAUGGUUACAAUUUGCUUCUGUCUUCCAGUCAUUACUCCUGCUAGCCUUGUUUUUGCUCUGUGCAUUUGAUAUCAAGGUGACAGCUAGUCCAACCAUAGCACAUGAAGAAAUCAUCACUUCAUGCUCUGCUUCGGAAUUCGGAUGUGGCAAUUCAACUGGAUGCGCAAUCACCUGUUGGAUUUGCCUGUAUUUGAUCUAACAAUGACCUUCACAAGGCUCAGGAUUUUUUAUUUUUUUUUGCGCUGGAGGCUCAGGAAUUGCAUGCCAGUGGCAAUGUAUAAUCUUAAUCUUAUGAAACUGAAAUUAGGCAAUUUCACAGUUAACUCGGUGAUCACGGUCAUGUGAUUUUAUUUCAGUGGCACGUGUAAGUUUAAGCAUCCCAUUUAGAUGGAUGGUAGCACAGCCGUUCAAAUUUGGCUUUCUUCAUGAAUUGAGAUUCUUGUGAUUGAUCUUGCCAUGAAUCA